UCAGCGAACGUCCUUCGCAGUGCAAGUUAAAGCUAGUUCGAGGCGAAAGUUCGUUCAUUCAAGCUGGGCAAUUCGUGUGCAGUGAUCGGCGGUGAGUCGAGUGCUCUGGGAGGUGGAGUUCCACUAGUGAUAGAUAUACCGGCGAAUCCCUGUUAUCGUUGCGUAUCAAAAGAACAGAGCAACAUGGAAAACAAGAUUAAACCCUUUCACAGUGCCAGACAGCAUGCAUCAGUGCAGAAAAGUGACUCCGUGGCUGCGGAAGAGAUGUUGACUCUCAUCAGACAGAGCCUAAAAUCAUGCCACACACCGGGCGAUUCCAAUUGGGAAGAAGAUGUUCCACACGUAUUUGUGGUUAUGGGUGCAUCCGGCGACCUUGCAAAGAAAAAAAUCUAUCCAACGUUGUGGUGGAUCUUCAGGGAUAGGCUGUUACCAGAAAAUACUAUUUUUGUCGGAUAUGCGAGGUCUAAUUUAACUAUCUCGGAUCUUCGAGAAAAGUGCACUCCAUUUGUUGUUGCAAAACCUGAAGAACAAGAGCGUUUGGAACAAUUUUGGAACAUUAAUUAUUACGUAAAAGGAAGCUAUGAUGCUCGAAGGGAUUUUGAACUCCUCAACCAAGAAAUGACAAAACUGGGCGGAAAUAAAGCAAACCGAAUAUUCUACUUGGCUCUUCCACCGUCGGUGUUUGAGCCCGUAACUUCGAAUAUCCGAGCGUGCUGUAUGGCGGGUAAUGGGGCUUGGACCCGAGUAAUUAUUGAAAAACCAUUUGGACGUGAUGCUGCCUCGUCGGAAAAACUGUCUCGUCACUUAGCGGGCUUGUUCAAGGAAGAAGAACUGUACCGCAUUGAUCACUAUCUUGGAAAGGAAAUGGUUCAAAAUUUAAUGGCCCUGAGAUUCGGUAACCGGAUUUUCGGCCCGACGUGGAACCGAGACAACAUCGCAAGCGUCUUCAUAUCUUUCAAGGAGCCUUUCGGCACGCAGGGCCGCGGCGGCUACUUCGACGACUUCGGCAUCAUCAGGGACGUCAUGCAGAAUCAUUUGCUGCAAAUACUCUGCCUCGUCAGCAUGGAGCGACCUUCAUCAACGUCUGCUGAUGACAUCAGAGAUGAGAAGGUGAAGGUUCUUAAGAGCAUCGCGAGUAUUGACUUACCAGACGUGGUGCUGGGCCAGUACGUCGCUGCUGAUGACGCUCAGCCCAACACGGACGCUGCACUGGGCUACCUUGACGACCCUACAGUGCCGGCCGGUUCGAACACGCCGACGUACGCGAUGGCCGUGCUGCGCAUCCACAACGAGCGUUGGGAGGGCGUUCCCUUCAUCCUCAGAUGUGGCAAAGCUCUGAACGAACGCAAGGCUGAGGUGCGGGUGCAAUACCGCGACGUAUCGGGCGACAUCUUCAAGGGACAGUCGAAACGCAACGAACUGGUGGUGCGCGUACAGCCUGGGGAGGCCAUCUACUGCAAGGUGAACAACAAGACUCCUGGCAUGUCGUUUGGCAUCGAGGAGACGGAGUUGGACCUGACCUACAACAGCCGCUACAGCCACGCCAAGCUACCUGAUGCAUACGAGAGGCUCAUCCUGGACGUGUUCUGCGGCUCUCAGAUGCACUUCGUCAGGACAGACGAGCUGGCGGAAGCCUGGCGUAUCUUCACGCCACUUCUGCACAAGAUCGACGAGGGAGGCGUGCAGCCCAUCCCUUACAAGUACGGCUCCCGGGGGCCAGAGAGAGCCGAUCAGAUGCUUGCUGAGAACAACUUCAAGUAUUACGGGUCGUACAAGUGGACUGAUCCUCGUAAGUCCGCUAACUUGUAGCCAGGAAGUCUUCAUUACCAAGGCAUGGAUCUCAGAAUGGUAGCAGCAGAUGGCCUAAUCCAAGUUUACUGACAAAAACUAACAAGCGCUGGCCGUUGCUUUCGGUUUAGUUGCAAGGAAAACUUAUUUGUCUUGGGAGCGACUUCAUUGCUACAGGUAAAUCACUGCGCUUAUUGACAUGUGACUCAAGGUACACUUUCGUGAGUGCCUUAUUAUAACUUCAUACCUUGAAGGAAUUAGAUUUUUGCCGUUUAUGUUGUUGCCGUAAUGUGGGAAGACUUUCUCACUGGACUUUAAGGGAUACACGGAAUUGAACAGAAAUUACAUAGCGAGUGAUGUCUGUGCGCUGCUAUAGUUCUGUUACUAUGUUAUGUAGAGGAAUCAUGAUGUGAUGAUACGAUUUAUCGAGGUAUUUAUUUUGAUGACAUCAGGUGCGAAUAAAAGAUCACUUCGUCGGUAGUCCACUGUUUCUAUAAUCUUAUUUAAAAGUUAUUUAAUGCCUGCCAUGUGUUGUGUCGAGCGACUGCGAAACCAUUCUUCACAAGUGCGAGCUUCAUUGUGGCGGUUAUCAUUGUGGUAAAUGAAUAAAAAAAUAAAUAUAAAUAAUCUAUUACAUAAUAAGGUCGAUUUGUGUGGAUAAAGACUGAAGGAGACUGACAUGAAAGUAAGCAGGUAGCAUAGCGGAGCUACAAUAGUUUUUUUUAUGGCUAAUUUAAUGCAGUAAACUAUUUAUUGCACUAGUGUUUGCAGUGUUUGACUGUGUGAAGCUAUGCAAGCAAUUUACUAGAGCCUGUUACGGUCAACGUCAUGAACAAGUUUGAAAUUUUUCGUUCAAAUCAAAUGAAUGCGGAUGCUCCACAACUUAAUUCAAAUGGGACGAAAUUGAAAAUUAAAUAAUAGCAGUUUUAUUUAUUGUCCAUUGUUCAGUAUCUAAAGAAUCACCAGCCCAUUUAGUUCGAUACGAGGCUUUUGUUGAACGCGUUUAAAAUGUUAAUUUAGUCAGCUAUGUCAAUUUAGAUCGGCAUCAUGUGUUUCAAAGUAAAAAUGGGAAUAAAUGAAGUGAAAUAAUUACAAGUUACUAUGCUCUCUGAAAUAACACUUAAUACAUUGUUGAGAGGGCCUGUGCGUGAUAGCUAAAAGGACUCGCUAAUAUGAUAAUAUAAAUGCACAUUCAGCUUCUCUGAAAUGAAAUAUUGGAAAAGUUUGCAAUUCCGAUUCCAAAAAACGAUGGCAAAGUAUUAAAUUAAUUUGUACACCUGCAUAGCGACAAGUUCGACUGUAAGCCACGUGGCAUAAUUCAUGAUACGGAGAUCAAUUGAAGAGAACACCAUAGGAUGGUAGCAAGUCUAAAUACUAUCGGGUCACCAAAUGACUUAUGUUAAGGCACGACUGCAUUUUCUGCAUCGAAGAUAUUUUAUUAUUGCUUCAGCGAGGAUUUAUAUAAAUUCAUAUGCUUGG